GGUCUAGUGCUUGUUAAAUACUGCAAUGUCCUAGCAAGUGUUUGAACUUGCUAACCUCCAGGAAAGGGUCACCAUCUGAAGCUGAAAGGACUUGUUUUAUGCUGGAAGGGGUUUUUUGCAGGCUUGCAUUCAUCAAACCCGGCCUCCUUCAAGAGUUCUGUGCAAUAUUUCCUUUGAGAAACAUGAAUCCCAGUGGCAGUUUUGUUCACUUCUAAGCAAAGCAACACGUGCAACAAAUUAAGCUGGUUGAAAGCAUUACUAUGGCGUCUAAUCACUACUACUUCACGUUCUCAGCUCUCUUCAUACUACUUCUGUUAGGUGGAGGUGGAAAGAUGAGCAAUGGAAGGAAAGACAGGGCAGGGGAGUAUUGGAGAAGUGUGAUGAAAGAUGAGCCCUUGCCGGAAGCAAUCAAGUCGGCAGAGUCACUUUCCGAGCACAAGGGAGCUCAUUGCGAUACUGCGAGCGAGAAUGUGCUGCCGGCGGCGGCGGCCGAGAAAUCCGCCGGAGGCAUCGUUGUGAAGUUCACCGAGGAGAUCGAGGCACAACCUCAAAUCUCAAACUAUGGGAACGAUGUCAAGCCGGCAGAAGGGAAAUUCGUCUUGGAAAUCGACGCGCAGCCUCAGAUAUCGAAUUACAGUAAUGAUCUCAAGCAAACCGCGGGCAAGUUCAUCAAAGAUAUUGAGGCACAGCCUCAGAUUUCGAACUAUGGGGAUGACAUGAGACUAAAGAAGUUUGUUAGAGAUAUGGAGCCACAGCCUCAGAUUUCGAACUAUGGAGACGAUACCAAACUGGCUGGCAAGUUUGUGAGAGACGUGGAGCCACAACCUCAGAUUUCGAACUAUGGCGACGAGGCGGAGUUGAAGAAGUUUGUUAGAGAUGACAUUGAUUCGCAGCCUCAAAUAUCAAGCUACGGAAGCAAUAUUGCCAGUCCAUCCAAGUUCGUCAAAGAUAUCGAGGCACAACCACAGAUCUCAAACUACGACGCUGAUGUGGUGCGAUCAUCAUCGCCACAAUUUGCAAAAGAUUUCGACGCACAACCUCAAAUCUCAAACUACGAUGAUGGUAUCAAGCCAAACAAGCUUGCGAAACGUGUCGAGGUUCACCCUGAAGUCCAUAUCAACGAUAGUGAAUUGGAAGCCGCUAGCAGAGGUAACUAUGUGAUGGAAGUUAGCAUGAAGAUCAAUUGAGCCACCACUUGAAUCACCAAGGAUCAUAGGCCCGUCUCAAUAAUAGUAACCUGGCCUGUUUGUAAGAUCUUUAUCGAUCUAUCCAAGGCACUAGCUAGAAUAAUGUUGAUGGGUUAUGUUUCUGUUUGUUUGUUGUUGAUUUCGAGUGUUUUCGAUCAAGUUGGUUUUGUAAUAUGACUAAUAACAAAUUUUGAUUUGGUCA